AGAGAAGCCAUUUCCCGGCUCCCGGCUCCCGGAUCCGGCUGGGCCCCUACGGCAAGGACAAGUUUGGAAGGCAUGCGGAGAUCCCAAGGCAAAACCAUCCUACCUUAUUGACAAAAAUCUGGAAUCUGCUGUAAAAUUCAUAGUCAGAAAGUUCCCUGCUGUAGAAACCCGCAACAAUAAUCAACAGCUAGCACAAUUACAGAAAGAAAAAUCAGAGAUUCUGAAAAAUCUUGCAUUGUAUUACUUCACAUUUGUAGAUGUUAUGGAAUUUAAGGACCAUGUUUGUGAAUUACUGAAUACUAUUGAUGUUUGCCAAGUCUUCUUUGAUAUUACUGUAAACUUUGAUUUAACAAAGAACUACUUAGAUUUAAUCAUAACAUAUACAACAUUGAUGAUACUGUUAUCUCGAAUUGAAGAACGAAAAGCAAUCAUUGGAUUAUACAAUUAUGCUCAUGAAAUGACCCAUGGAGCAAGUGACCGUGAAUACCCACGCCUUGGUCAAAUGAUUGUGGAUUAUGAAAACCCCUUAAAGAAGAUGAUGGAAGAAUUUGUACCCCAUAGCAAGUCUCUUUCAGAUGCACUAAUUUCUCUUCAGAUGGUGUACCCACGAAGGAAUCUUUCAGCUGACCAGUGGAGAAAUGCCCAAUUAUUGAGUCUUAUCAGUGCACCCAGUACUAUGCUUAACCCUGCGCAGUCUGAUACCAUGCCUUGUGAAUAUCUCUCUUUGGAUGCAAUGGAAAAAUGGAUUAUCUUUGGCUUUAUUUUGUGUCAUGGGAUCCUAAAUACUGAUGCAACAGCACUGAACCUAUGGAAGCUAGCUCUUCAAAGUAGCUCUUGCCUCUCUCUCUUUCGGGAUGAAGUUUUUCACAUUCACAAAGCUGCAGAAGACUUAUUUGUAAACAUCCGAGGCUAUAAUAAGCGUAUUAAUGAUAUAAGAGAAUGCAAGGAGGCAGCCGUGUCACAUGCUGGUUCAAUGCACAGAGAAAGACGUAAGUUUUUAAGGUCUGCACUGAAAGAAUUGGCUACAGUCCUGUCUGAUCAACCUGGCUUGUUAGGUCCCAAGGCACUUUUUGUUUUUAUGGCAUUAUCCUUUGCCCGUGAUGAAAUUAUCUGGCUACUUCGUCAUGCAGAUAAUAUGCCAAAGAAGAGUGCAGAUGACUUUAUAGAUAAGCACAUUGCUGAAUUAAUAUUUUAUAUGGAAGAGCUUAGAGCACAUGUAAGGAAAUAUGGACCUGUUAUGCAGAGGUAUUAUGUGCAGUACCUUUCUGGCUUUGAUGCUGUUGUCCUCAAUGAACUUGUGCAGAAUCUCUCUGUUUGCCCUGAAGAUGAAUCAAUCAUCAUGUCCUCUUUUGUUAAUACUAUGACUUCCUUAAGUGUAAAACAAGUUGAAGAUGGGGAAGUUUUUGAUUUCAGAGGAAUGAGAUUAGAUUGGUUUAGAUUACAGGCAUAUACUAGUGUCUCUAAGGCUUCACUUGGCCUUGCAGAUCACAGAGAACUUGGAAAGAUGAUGAAUACAAUCAUUUUUCAUACAAAAAUGGUAGAUUCCCUGGUGGAAAUGCUGGUAGAAACAUCAGAUCUUUCCAUAUUUUGCUUUUAUAGUCGUGCUUUUGAGAAGAUGUUUCAACAGUGUUUGGAGUUACCCUCUCAGUCCAGAUACUCAAUUGCAUUUCCACUACUUUGCACCCAUUUCAUGAGUUGCACACAUGAACUGUGUCCAGAGGAGCGGCAUCAUAUUGGAGAUCGCAGUCUUUCCUUAUGUAAUAUGUUCCUAGAUGAAAUGGCAAAACAAGCUCGAAAUCUUAUCACUGAUAUUUGCACAGAACAGUGUACUCUUAGUGAUCAGUUGCUGCCUAAGCAUUGUGCCAAAACCAUUAGUCAAGCAGUGAAUAAGAAGUCAAAAAAACAGACUGGUAAGAAAGGGGAACCCGAAAGAGAAAAACCAGGAGUUGAGAGCAUGAGGAAAAAUAGACUGGUAGUGACCAACCUUGAUAAAUUGCACACUGCACUUUCUGAGUUGUGUUUCUCCAUAAAUUAUGUACCAAACAUGGUGGUUUGGGAGCAUACCUUUACCCCACGGGAAUAUUUGACUUCUCAUCUGGAAAUCCGCUUUACUAAAUCAAUUGUUGGAAUGACUAUGUAUAAUCAAGCCACACAAGAAAUUGCAAAACCAUCAGAGCUUCUAACAAGUGUAAGAGCAUAUAUGACUGUACUACAGUCAAUAGAAAACUAUGUGCAAAUCGAUAUUACCAGAGUAUUUAAUAACGUUCUUCUACAACAAACACAACAUUUGGAUAGUCAUGGAGAACCAACAAUAACAAGUCUGUACACAAAUUGGUAUUUGGAAACGUUGUUAAGACAAGUCAGCAAUGGCCAUAUAGCUUAUUUCCCUGCAAUGAAAGCAUUUGUUAAUUUACCAACAGAAAAUGAAUUAACAUUCAAUGCAGAGGAAUAUUCUGACAUAUCAGAAAUGAGAUCAUUAUCAGAACUGCUAGGCCCAUAUGGGAUGAAGUUCUUAAGUGAAAGUCUUAUGUGGCAUAUUUCAUCACAGGUCGCUGAACUUAAGAAACUUGUGGUGGAGAAUGUUGAUGUGCUCACACAAAUGAGGACCAGCUUUGACAAACCAGACCAGAUGGCUGCACUCUUUAAAAGAUUAUCAUCUGUUGACAGUGUCUUGAAGAGGAUGACCAUAAUUGGUGUAAUUUUAUCCUUCCGAUCAUUGGCACAAGAAGCACUUAGAGAUGUAUUGUCCUACCACAUUCCUUUUCUCGUGAGUUCAAUUGAAGAUUUUAAGGAUCAUAUUCCAAGAGAAACUGAUAUGAAGGUUGCAAUGAAUGUAUAUGAGUUAUCAUCAGCUGCAGGGUUACCUUGUGAGAUUGAUCCUGCAUUGGUGGUAGCUCUGUCCUCACAAAAAUCAGAAAAUAUAAGUCCAGAAGAAGAAUAUAAAAUUGCCUGCCUCCUCAUGGUCUUUGUGGCAGUUUCUUUGCCAACACUGGCCAGCAAUGUGAUGUCUCAAUAUAGCCCUGCUAUAGAAGGGCACUGCAACAACAUACAUUGCUUGGCCAAAGCCAUUAACCAGAUAGCCGCAGCUUUGUUCACAAUUCACAAAGGAAGCAUUGAAGACCGCCUUAAAGAAUUUCUGGCCCUUGCAUCCUCUAGUCUACUGAAAAUUGGCCAGGAAACAGAUAAAACAACAACAAGAAAUAGAGAAUCUGUUUAUUUACUGCUGGAUAUGAUUGUUCAGGAAUCCCCAUUCCUGACAAUGGAUCUUUUGGAAUCUUGUUUUCCUUAUGUCUUGCUGAGAAAUGCAUACCAUGCUGUCUACAAGCAAAGUGUUACAUCGUCUGCAUAAAAUUACCUACUUACUGAAGACAAGCACGCAUUAUUGUUGCCUCAGUUUUACCUGUAAACUGUGGAACUGUUUUACCUAUGGCCUGAGAAACAGUUUAGUGGAUUAUAAAUUUCUUUUCAUACAGUUGUAUUUUCUGAUUAUUGGUUUCUUAAUAUGAUUGUACUACAGUAUACUUUAUUGAAUUAGGUUGCACAUUCACUGAAUCCACAGAAAUUAUUCCUAUAAUUUUAAAAUACCAUUUGUUUGGGAAACAUAGAUUAUCUCUAUGUUUUUGAUAUUUGAUAAUGAAAAAAACUGCUUGUUUAUUUCUGAAAAAAUAAUUGUAUUUAGUGAUUAUUUUAGAUAGUGGUAUUAUAGCAUUCAUCUGUGUGUAAAUUAUUUCAUCUAGGGAAGAGUUCUGAUCUGUACCUAUGGUUCUUAAUGAAAACAAAAUUGGAUGUGCAUUUCUGUGCUGUUAUGAAUACAUUUCUACUUUAUUUUGAAACAUUUGCCAAACUAAAUACUAUGACACUGUAUAACAUUAAAAAUGUUAAAGAACUGCUUAGCAUUAGAAGCAGACUAUGUCCCAAAAUUCUAAAACAGCAGCAUAUGUUGUUGCUUAUAUAAAGCCUAGUGAUAAUUUUUAGACUAACUUCCAUGGUGCCCUAUUGGCAUUAGCACUACCAUUGUAUCCUGCUGUAUAAUAAACAAUCUAGACAUUUAUCAACUGUUGAUACAAAUGUUAGUCCCUAACCACUUUUUAUAUGUUUUAAAUUUUUGAAAUUCAAGUGUACCUGCCAUAACAUAAAAUAAACACUAGACUGUAUCACAUUUUGAAUGAUUUCUUUAAUUUGGGAUCCUCAGAGAUUUGGUCAAUAAUAAGGAAAGUUUUAGUUUAAAAUAAACUUUAAAGUGUAGCAUUUGAUACCAGAUCAGCUAUUACAAGAUUUGUUGAAAUGUUUUGAAAAACAUUCCACUGGAAAAAAUAUUAGAAAAUAAAAUUACAUAAUAUUUUUUAAAAAUAUAAAACUAAAGGAAACUUUGCACUAUUAUUAGCUUUUUAAUUGUAUCUUUGACCAAAUGGGCAGAGAGAAUGAUGAUGGAACUAGUGAAAAAGUUGUUGAGAAUUACUACUUCAGUAAAUAAUGAAUUGGGAAGUCACAAAGGGCCUAUUGCUUGGUGAUUGGCAUGGAGGGGAGAGUAGCUCAUUUAGUUUGAAAAUUAACCAGAUGUUUUGCUCUUUGGCACUUAAAGACUGUUUCUCAACAACUUUGUAUCUAGAGGGUCUAUAUUCCAGUCAUGGGCUUCUUAGUAGCAUUGGUAAUUUGUUGUUAGGAUAAAAGAAAGUUGCUGUGAACUCAGUUGCAAUGUUUUUUUUUUGUUCAGAUACAGAGAAUGCAGUGAAAAUAAGUUACCACAAGAUUAUCAUACUGCUAUUUUGUAUAUGUUUUUCCUAGCCUGCUUUUAAAGGAGGAAAUAGUUGUCAUUAGCUGUUGAAAAUUUUCAGUGUUUCCAUGAAGAUAUUUUUUAAGGGAAGAAAUUUUUAAGUGAAAUAAUUUCAAACUUGAAAUAGCUUGGUUAUAUAGGGGACAGUUGAAACUAAGGUUAAAUGCUGUUUGCUUGAAAUUACUUGAAUUCUAGAAUGUUAAUAGCUUGAUGGUAAUGAUAACCCUGAGAGAUAAAGCAGGCUUUGGAGUGUGUGCACUUUGGUAUAACAUAUGGAAGAGCUUAUGGAUGUACAUAAGCAAUUCUUUACUCCUAUUUAGGCCAAGAAAAGAUCACUCUUUAAAAGUUAAGAGUUGUUAGUCACAAACUAACUGACUGUAGACAAUUUGAUUAUUAUUUACAUUGAAUUUUUCUACAAAGAAAAAAAAAUGGUGAAGGUAACUUAGAGAGAAGCAUUUAAAAAAGUUAAAAGUAAAUUCACAACUUUUAUAUUUAUUUAUUUAUUUAUUUAUUUAACUCUUACUUUCUUACACCUAACCUUACACUACAGUGUCCUGUUUUCACUGAUUGUGACCCUACUAUAUACUGUGUUUGUCUAUAAUGCACUAAUUUUACUCAAUACUAGGAAGAGGUCUUUGAUACUCUUAAAUGCCUCCAUAUGUACCAAAACUAACAACAAUUUCACUUAGAUUAACUUUUAGGCACUUACAUAUUUUUCACUAUUGUAAAUAUAUCUGUAUCUUGGUGAACUUGAUUUAUUAUCUCCUUAGGGUAAUUUCUCAAAAAUUACCCUUUUUAGUGAAAGGUUGUACACAUUUUAAAUUUUGUUGCAUAUUCUUAGAUUUCUCUCCAGUAAGAUUAUAUCAGUUUUACUCCUGCUUUUGUGUGAGCAUAGUUUUGUCACUAUGCUAAGGUAUCUUUGUCUAUCCAAAAGAUGAAACAUGUAAAUUUGCAUAUCUUUACUUAUUAUUUAGGUAGAAUACUUUUUUUUAAUAUCAUCUUUGAGUCUGGGGGAUGCCUUGAGGUCCACCUUUAUUUUGUUAGCUCCCAUGCACAUCCUACAUACCUGAAGUGGAAAAGGUGAGAUAACUGGAGAGCUGCUGGGUAAGAUACCCUUUGUUUCAUGUUGGGAGCAAAUAGUUGUUUUUCUCUUUAUACUUGUGUAGGGGCAGCAUAUUAUGAG